AUGAAUAUCGAUGAUUACAGGGGAGUUCAUGGAUAUGCGGUAAAGAGGGGAUUAGAUAAAGAUUUGAGAGUUGAAAAUACUUUAUUGGAUGCAUAUGCGAAAUGUGAUGAAGUGGGUAUGUCUAGGAAUGUGUCUGAGGAGAUAGGUGAGAGGGAUUCAGUUUCUUGGAAUUCUAUGAUUGCUGUGUAUGCUCAGAAUGGGUUAUCCAGCGAGGUUUCAUGUCUUUCACUUGAUGAUAAAGGAUGGCGAAGUCAAAUACAAUGCAGUGACAUUGUCCACUUUGUUGUUACCUUAUGCACAUUCAACAGCCUAAGUCCUUUGUAA